GCGUUAUCCUCCGACGAAAAUUUAUAAGAAACUCCUAAGGCGACAGAAGUUUAUCGAAUUCGAUAAAGUUGAACGAUUGCUGAAAGCGAUGGGUUUCUCGGCGAAGGACAUUGAUGAGCUUGGAGAAUUGUGGGUCCUUGAAGCUAAGAACCGAGAAGAAAUCGACUCCUCUGUGUCUCCGCCUUCGUCUUCCGAUGAAUAUUUGUCACCGGAUGGAAUUUAUUUGAAAAACCACUUGAGCGAACCUUUGUCGCGCGCUGUUCGAGAGAUCGUUGCUAAGAAACCCUCCGAUCCGAUUGAGUAUCUCGGGCACUGGCUGUUAAAUUAUAAGGUAUGCGAGGAACGAGGAAAAAGGCGGAAGGAACUUGAACUGGAAUUAGCGAUCGAACGAAGGAGACUCGAAUCAAAAGAGAAAGAAGUGAAGGAGAAAUUUGCAGCUGUGCGAAAUCGACUGGUAGUACAAAAACGAAUAGCAAUGUAG